AUGGAUGAAUCCUACCACAGCAACGGUCUGCCGCCGACGGUAUCUGGAAACCAUGGCCAUUCAUUGACCCAACUACAACCGCUGCAGCGGUUCCACUCGGCCUCAAAUCACUUGCCUACUCUUCCUCCUCUGAACAGUGCCGCUGCGCAGUUUCAAUCCAUCUAUGGUCCCGGCAGCGCGCCCCAGACGCCCUUGACGCCCCAUGCUGCAGUAUCGUCCUCGGCGACUAAUGGCUACACAGCCAUUGCGCCGCAGCCGCAGUUGCGCUCAGUACAGACGCUUUCUUCGCAUCUGCCGCCCGUUCUGCCUUUCGGAGCCUCCCAAUCUUCGACGCCGCCUUCGUCAUCUGCGUUUGCUAGCCCUCACCAUCUCGCCUCUUCGUCGACACAAGGCCGCUUGCACGAUAUCCGUCCUAUGCCUCAUGGAGGCCUUGGGAUGCAACCUCAGUAUGGCCAGCCGCAGCUUCUUUCCCAGCCGCCGAUGCCUCCCAGUCAGGAGCAGGAGCCGAUUCAUGUGGUAGGACAACAAGGGCGGCGCGGUGUGCUGCCCAAUGCCACAGGCCGACCGCUGCCCGGCAAAGCAGCACUGGUGCCUACCAAAGAUGCCGAGGGCAAAUACACUUGUCCGAACUGUACCAAGACCUAUCUUCAUCUAAAACAUCUCAAGCGACAUCUCCUCAGGCAUACCGGUGAAAGACCGUAUCAAUGUCGCCUGUGCAAAGACACCUUUUCCCGUAGCGAUAUUCUCAAGAGGCACUUUCAGAAGUGUUCCAUAAGACGCGGGAAUCCUACUGGCGAAUCACACCUUGCGGACUCACAGUCCCAUCUCAAGAAGAAUCGGUUAUCGACAGGCAGUGUGAGUGAUAUGAGCCUUGCCAACAACAUAACCACUUCGACAGCGUACUCGGAUGGCACUUUUGGCAAUGCCUUUACCUCUCUUCCACCACUCACGGCUUCGUCCAAUACUUACGUCGAGCCACUGCCCUCUAUGUCUACGCGCACGUCGAGAUCGAACAGCCUUAUGCGGCCUGGUACCGGUAUUGGCAACGAAAACCGGAGGAGCAUGUCAGAUAUGAACAUCGCGGGACGGAACAUCUUCGAUCUUGGUCCUGAAUAUAGACCGGCCACCACUUUAGGCGACAUCAGCCAGGGAAUGUCAGCGUACGGCAUGACUCAAGCGCAGUCUGCGGGCCAUAUGAGUCAGCCCUUCGCCUACAACGCUUCCGGGACUGGCUCAGAGCUGCACUCCAAUUUGGGAUUGAAGAGCGAAGACUCCAAUCCGCUGCUGUACGGGCGUCCAAGCAUAGCAGGCACUGCUACGCUGCAAGAAGGGCAGGGGAGCGCGUUACAGUGGCCAAGCCCUUUCCAGACCAAUGGCCAGGAUGGAUUCAUGGCACCCACCAGUAUGAGUGCCGGCCCAGGAACCACCAAGGCCGCGUCCACUCUCACUAACAACUUUCAGUCUCACAACGGAAUGUCUCAGGACGGCAUGUUCGAUAGCUUGUACACCGGCACGGCAUCGUUCGGAGGCGACCAGAUCUUCGAGCACUGGGAUGUCGACUCGUCGUUGAACAAAGAUCCGUGGCAGGCAAAGGCAGACGCCUUACUCGACUUCGCCUUCUCCGGUCAAGGCGUGCUCGCAUCACACACCGACGGUAGCAAAUACCAAGCGUUGAAGGCGAUAUUGACCGUCGACAAUAUCAGGCACUUUCUUGAUCAAUUCAAAAACUUCCAGGGUCACUGGCCGAUGAUCCACUUGCCAACAUUCAACCCAAUACAUGCCAACAACGGACUGGUUCUCACCAUCAUCUGCAUCGGCGCCGUCUACUCCGAGAGAAUCGAUGCUCAACAGGUUAGGUCGUUUAUGGAGGUAGUAAAAAGCGCUGUUCACAGAACGUCGAACUUAUACGCGCUCGCAUCAGAAGCUACCACAGAGCCGGACAGCUUGCUACAGCAACAGCCUUCGGACAUCGAAGAAAUCCAAACUUUGUUCUUGCUAAGUUGUUUGCUCAUCUGGCAUGGAAAUGAGGUCCAUAGACGCAUGGCAAGAGAAGAAUUUCCUAAGGUCGCCCGAGUCGUAUCCCGCAUCGGUCUGCUCUGUCCAGCAGAAUAUGGCCAACCUGGCACUCUUCUCUCAAGUCAUCCGGGGUACAGUGUACUACACCAGUCCGGGCCCAUACCUGACUCACAUGAAUUGUCCGCCUGGUCCUGGGCCGCUUGGGUCGAACAGGAGAAGCGAUUGCGGAUCGUAUAUCUAGUCUUUCUGAUAGACGCUGCUAUGGUCGUCUUCUUCAACAGCACCCCUCAGUUCAACGCCUCUGAUGUCCGCCUGCCACUUCCGUCCGAUGACGCUCCCUGGGAAGCCAAGAGCGCUGUUGAUUGUGCCAACGCCCUUGGACUAAACGGAUCCGAGGCGCAAUACAAGAACACCACCGGCAACCGUGCCCUGAAGCAGCCGGACAUGUGCCAGCUUAUGUCUUCUAUCCUGCAGUCGGAUGGGGAGUUUGAAUCCCACCGAACGAACGUUUACGGGAAGUUCAUUCUGAUCCACGCUCUCCACGUCCAAAUUUGGCACAUUCAACGUCGUGCGUCCCAACAAGUAACCCCUAUCCCCAACACGACUGCUUUCUCGCCUGGCGGUGGUAGCGCAUCCCUUUUGAAGCACGCGUGGAGUGCUGCCAAUGGGACCAAUGGUUCAAUGGGCAAGAAUAGCAGCGGCUAUGCCUCACCCUUGGAACCAUACGGUCAGGAUGUACAUCAGAUGCACAAGGCCCUGAACAGCGCGCUGGAGAAGUGGAAGAAGACUUGGGAUCGAGACAUGGACUCUCAGUACCCGCCGUCGCAACCGGUACUUCGGCGAGUCGGCUUCUGCAGGGAUGGCAUCCACUUCUACUACCUCGCAACUCACUUCUUGCGUAGCACCCGUGCGGCGGACUGGCACGCGCAUCCAGAUGUCCGCUUCAGACAAGUCUUCUCCUUACUGAGACAAAUCAAGACGCAUUUGGCUACGAAGCAGCCUUAUGGCACCGGGGAGAUUGGUGCAGUCGGAGAUAUCCAUGAGGAUUACGGCAUGGAGGGCCUGACGCUGAACAUGAAGCAUCUGUUUACACCCAUCGCGCCGCACGUCGAACUUCCGGGCCUACACGCAGUCGGUCUAACGAUUUGA